CGCCCGCUCAUCCGUGUAUUGCAGAGCCAUCUGCAUGACGAUGCGCUUCUCUCUCUCUCUCUCUCUCUCUCUCCCCCCUUUUAUGGUGACUGCAAUCCCCAGAGAAACCCAUCCGUCCCGCUCUCUGUCUGUCGGACCGCGCAGCAUCGAGCUAUUUUCUCUGUUUCCUCAUCAAGAUGGGACGGGUCAAAUUGAAGAUACAGAGGUUGGACAGCAGUGCUAAUCGCCUAACUACCUACUCGAAGCGGAAGAAUGGGCUUGUCAAGAAAGCUGAAGAAAUAUCAGUGUUGUGUGACAUUGACAUUGCCGUGCUCAUGUUCUCGCCAACCGGAAAGCCAGUCUUUUGGAAAGCAGAUAACAGUACCAUCGAAGGAAUUGUUCGAAGAUUUGCGGCAACAACUCCCCACGAAAGGGUGAAAAGGAAGUUGGAGACCGUCGCGACUUUAAGGAGGGUCUACAAGAAUUCGGAUCACGAAAUGGUUGUACUAGAUUACUUGGGUUCAAGUCAUCAAUCAGUUGAGGAUAUGACGAAACAAGCAAGUUCAUUGCGAACUCAACUUUCUGAAAUCCAGCAGAGACUGAGUGAUUGGACUGACCUGGACAAGAUUGAUAGCGUAGAUUUUCUGGAGCAAAUGGUGGCUUAUACUGGGAAAUCGCUUGCUCAAAUUCGAGAAAAGAAAGAAAACAUCGGAAAGCAACAAUUCUUGGCACAAGGGUGCCAUUACCAGUCGCCCAAUGGAGACCAUCUACGUAUGAGUUUGGAUGAUGAGCAACAGGGCCGACAUUGUUCAUGGGUAGAGAAUGAUGGAAGUCAACCUAAAGUCUCACCAGAGGAGAUGUUACUGCUUUCCCAAAGGGAGAAGGAGCUUUCUGCUGGCAACUCAUUGGCAAAUUAUACUGAUUACCUUGGCGUAGAGGGCAUUGCUUCUGGGCAAAAGAUGGACAUCCAGUCCGAGUUUCUCAGAACUGAAGUUUUGAGGAAUGAGUUAAUUGGUUUAAAAACUGAAACCUUGAGAAACCAGUUGACAAAAACUCAAAACUUGAAGAAUGAGAUGUUACAAAGAGAACCCUCGAGGAUGGAGUUGCACAAUAUCGAGUUUUUGUCAAACGAGGUGAACAAAAAUGGGAGUUUAAUUAUGGAGUUGAAGAAAUUGGAUUCCAUGAGGAACGAGCUGAUUGAAACCACAACCUUGGCCAAUGUCUUCUUGAAACCUGGAUCCUUGGGGGACGAGUUGAUUAAAACCGAAUCCUUGAGGAACCAGUUAAUUAAUACAACAUCGAUGGGGAAUGAGUUACAUGAACCGGAAUCUUUGAGGUUGCAAUUGUGUGAGCAGGACUCUUACCCAUUACACAAUUUUGAGACCCAACCUAAUCAGAACUUUGAACCGGUACAACAGAUGAACCUUGAAGAAAGUAUUGGUCCUACCAAUAACAGACUUGAACCAGUGCAACAAACAAACUUGCAGCAAAUUAUUUAUCCUCCGGAUAACAGAUAUGAACAAACACAACAGAUGAUGUUUGAACGAAGAAUCGGUGACUUUUGUGGUGAAGGGAACUCUGAUCUUCAACUUGGUUAUAGUUCUAAUCAUUGUAGCUGGGCUCCUACAUCCGGACCUUUUGUUGCGGAUACUUUUAACGAGCAUUUAUACACCCAGCAACUCUAUCCAGUCGACAGCCACACAGCGAAGGAGCAACACUAUUCAGUUGAUGUUCAUGUGGACAAGGAGCAUUGAUCUGACCGGCGAGCAUCUCAGUCUGACAUCGAUCUUUCUGGGUAUAUCGGAACAUUUUACGAUAAGACUGCACGUGUUUCCUUGGACACCCGCUUCUUUUUCCUCUCGAGAUCACUUGUGGUAGCCAAAAUUGUAUCUUUCGACCCCUGUGAAUAUGCUAUUUGUGUAAUACUGACGUAUCUUCUGGUUCAUUAAAACAGUGCUUAUAAUAGCAUUAUAACCUCAAAACCAAUGAGGAAUUUAAGUAAAAAUCUUAUGAAUAAGUGUGAAUUUAGUUUCUUCAAA